AUGAAGGUACAGUGCGACAGCGAAAAUAUAGACAGCUUAAGGAGACUGGGCAAAAGAACUGACAAAUGCAGACCUGUUCUCGUCACCUUUACGACUGCGAAAAAGAAGAUAGAGCUACUAAAACGAAAGAAAAUGCUGGCGGCUACCGGGUACUAUAUUAACGAAGAUUUUCCACAGCAGGUAUUAAAUAAACGUAAAGAAUUACAAAAACAAGCAGAAGAAGAAAGAAAGAAAGGGAAUUUUGCGAUACUAAAAUAUGAUAAAUUGGUCAUAUUACCUGGUAACAGCAACAGUAAAAUGUACACCCCGAAACCGAACAAUAAAAGAACUUUAUCCAACUCGCCAGAAAUCACACCAACCUCUGACAACAUAGGGAGCACGGGAAGGACAACCACUCAGCAAAUUUCGAAAAAGAACAAAUAUGAUAUAAAACGCUUCCUGCAUGAUAGCACGUCCAACAAAGAUCAAUAG